UAAUUACGGAAUCUAUUACAAAGCAACAAAUUCUCAGUAGCCGCAUUUUUCUCACAACCAGACGCAAUUUUUGCCUUUGUUUUCUCUUCUUCUGUGCUUUCCCCCACUCUCAUGCAUUUGCUUUCUUGACCUCUGUGUUUCUUUUUCUUUCUGCAGAGAAGAAAAAAGAUGAAAAACAAAAAACCGGACGACCUUACUAAUUCAUCUAACAAUCCGCCACCUUCUCCAACCUCUCUCACCAACUCGCUUAUGACUCAGAACCAACUCUUCGAUUCGCUCACUGCUCACAUCUCUCUUUACCAUUCUCAUUCUCUCCUCUCCAAUCUCAAUCCUAACCCCAAUCCAAGGUCCUCGAUCCUCAGAUGGUUCUCAUCUCUCACCGUCCAUCAACGCCAAGCUCAUCUCACAACCGUCGAUUAUAAAUUCACACAGCUUCUAAUUCAAAUGCUUGGCGAAGUCCGUAAACAAGGACGCGGCCGUUUCAUCAUUCUUCCUGACCUGCCCUCACGUGACCUUCCUGGCCUUUGUUACAAGAAGUCACGGGGUCUCUUGUCUCGAACCGCCGAGUCUAACGAGUCGGAGCGGUUAAUUUUUGAGUCAACUCGGAUUUUUGGGUCCAGAGAAGGCGAGAAGAUCGCGGAAUGUUGUUGUUCGAUUUGGUGUUUAGAUUCAGUAACUGUAAGCGAAGAGUUGGUGGAAAACGUAGACAAGUUUGUUGAAACAAUGGAUAACAUAUCGAAUGGAGGAUUUUUGAGAGGAGAAGAAAGCGAAUUAGGAUUUGAUUGGGCGGAAUUUGAGUGGUUAAAAGCUAAAGGUUAUUAUAGCAUUGAGGCUUUUGUGGCAAAUAGGUUAGAGGUGGCUUUGAGGCUUGCGUGGCUAAAUUGUAGUCAUGGUAAGAAAAGGGGGGUGAAAUUGAAAGAGAAAAUGAUUUCUGCAGGUACAGCUGCUAAUGUAUUUUGGAGAAAGCGAGGAUGUGUUGAUUGGUGGCUAAAUUUGGACGCUGAAACGAGGAGGAAAUUCUUGACUGUAUCGCUUGGGAAAGCUGCAAAAUCACUGACUCUAGAGAUUGUGAAGGAAGCCACUGUUGCAGUGGAGGAUGAGACAGGGCCAUUUAGAGCAGGAGAAGGGCAACAAUUGGGGUACAGCUAUGGUGAAUCAACACAAAAAUCAACCAUAAAACUCUCAGACGAUGUGAAUUUUGGUUCAACUGUUAAGGGCGCUUCCCCAUCUGCGAAAGCUGUUUUGUUGGCCAAUCAAUUUAGUAGUUUGUACGUACUUCGGGAUAUUGUUACUUUGAUGUUAGCAGAUUGGCAUACUGAGUAUGAUAUAUCAAAGAUAUUCUUUAGCACAUUGGAUUCUGUCAGUAGCCUUUCUGAUUGCAUAUUAAGAAAGCUACGGGGACUUGUUAUGGUUAUUUCACUUGAUUGCACAAAGCUUGAACUUCUUGGAGAAGGAAAUUUUAAGAGUUCAACCAAUAAACCAAAGGAAAAGCUUAGUGCUGGUAAACGUAAGAAAAAGGGAAAGACUCAUAGCAUGAAAAAGUCAAUUCCUGCUACAGGGAUAGGUGUCAGGGAAUCUUCUUUCAACAAACCUCUCAAGGAUCAUGACGAUGCAUUGACUUAUUCUGAGAAUAUGGAGUCAACGGCGGUCAGUGAGUUACCAAAUAUGCCUCUUGGAAGGGAAAUACAAGAAGACACAUUAUCAUCAGCAGUUGAAAUGGAACACUCCCAAGGAUUGGUUAUUGGGAAAGGUCAAACUGCUGCGAGGAAGAACAGAAAAAGGAAAAAUAAAAGUAAAACCUCUACCUUAAACAAUGUGGUUGAAGUGAAGAAUGCUGAAAGCUCAGUUGCAGAAGGUCCCUGCAUGUCCAUUAUCUGUUCAGAAGAGGCAGCAAAGCUUGAUAUGGUAUCUGAUAAUUCGGCCACUCAGAAUGUAUCAAAUGAUAUUUUAGUUGGUAGCGAGUCCUUUGUACCAAAUGUGAAUCUCAAUACUUCUGCUAGUGAGCCCACUAAGGAGGGCAUUGGUGUCCAGAGCAUUCAAGAAGAUGGUGUUGUUGGGCAAAAUGAAGGCAUCUGUCAUAUAGGCUCAGAGCAUGAACAGUCCUCAAACAAUAUGAUGGAGGAUGAAUCUAUACCUUCCAGAAUAGAAACACUAAACUUCAAGACGGAAACUAGUGUAACAUCUCAUGUAGUGCCUAUGCUAAAGAUUAACACUAAUUCCAGCAAUGAAGACAUCAAUUUUCAGAAUAAAAAAUCCAAGGCAAGAUCAAAGUUUUCUGAUAGAUCAGUCAGAGACCUUAAUGUAAAAGAUGAACCCACCCUAAUUCAGGGACAAGGGAAUAAAAAAUUUAAUGGUGCCAGGCUCACAAACUCUUCAGAAUACAUUUCAUACGAGUGGCCUAAUUUAGCUCCUGUCUAUUUUCCAUCUCUUAAUUCACAUCUUCCACCCGCCACUGAUAGAUUGCAUCUGGAUGUUGGUUGCAACUGGCAGAAUCACGUUCGCCAACCAUUUGUUCCCACUGUGCAUCAGGCAAGAAAUUCUGCCAUUGAAAAUGGUUACAACAGGACUCUGUCUCGACCACUGCAAAUGAGUUUAGAUUGGCCCCCAAUGGUUAGGAGCAAUUAUGGAUUAGCUCCAUCAAUGACAUGCAACUAUGAUUCUGGAUUUAUCUCAAGACGUCAGUCUGUGUUUCAGCAGAGUUUCACUGCUCAUAACAUGCAGUUUAAUGCGAAAACCACUGAUGAAGAGAAAAAGUAUUCUGGGGAUUUUAUAGACGCACCUGAAUCCGCAAAUGCACAGGAGCUGAUGGAUGAUUAUGAAAGCCACUGGAUAUCAGAGGAAGAAUUGGAGGUUCAUGCAGUAUCUGGGAUAGAUUAUAACCAGUACUUUGGUGGUGGUGUGAUGUAUUGGAAUCCUUCUGAUCAUCCAGGGAAAGGUUUCUCUCGACCCCCUUCUCUUAGUUCUGAUGAUAGCACAUGGGCUUGGCAUGAAGCUGACAUAAAUAGGGCAGUUGAUGACAUGGUUGCCUUCUCUUCUUCAUACAGUACAAAUGGUUUGACUUCACCGACUGCUGCUUCAUUUUGUUCUCCUUUUGAGCCUUUGGGCGCUGGACACCAGGCACUUGGCUAUGUUCUACCUGGAAAUGAAGUAUCUGGCAAGGUACUGCAUUCUUCAACAACGCCAACAGACUCCGCUACAGAGGAGGAGGUCACUGGAACUUUAGCUAAUUUGUCAGUUGAUGUUGAAGGGAAGGUGGGAGAUUCACUUCCUUACCCCAUAUUACCUCCUAUCAUUAUUCCAAAUAUGUCAAGGGAAAGGUCAAGAUCUGAUUUUAAGCGUAGUCAUGAUCAUAAAAGCCCAUGUGUUCCUCCUUCUAGGCGGGAACAACCUCGGAUAAAGCGACCACCUUCACCUGUAGUGCUCUGUGUUCCACGGGCUCCACGGCCACCACCACCCUCUCCUGUAAGCGGCUCUAGAAAACACCGCGGGUUUCCAACUGUUAGGUCUGGUAGUUCCAGCCCAAGACAUUGGAGUAUGAGAGGUUGGUACCAUGAGGGAACUAAUUUGGAAGAAGCUUGUGUACGCUUGGAUGGUACUGAAGUUGUUUUGCCUUCUUGGAGGAAUAAAAACCUUUCAACCCAUCCAAUGAUUCAGCCUCUCCCGGGAAGUUUACUGCAAGAUCGUCUUAUUGCGAUGUCCCAGCUAGCACGUGAUCAGGAACAUCCAGAUGUGUCAUUUCCGCUUCAACCGCCUGAGAUGCAGAAUUGCCCAGCUCGAAAGGCAUCUCUUUCUUUGAUGCACAGCCUUCUUCACAGUGAAAUCGACUUUUUCUGCAAGCAGGUUGCUGCAGAGAAUAUGGAAAGGAAGCCUUUCAUUAAUUGGGCUGUCAAGCGAGUUACCCGAUCUCUCCAAGUUCUAUGGCCUAGGUCCAGAACAAACGUCUUUGGAUCGAAUGCAACUGGUUUAUCCCUUCCAACAAGUGAUGUUGACCUUGUGGUUUGUCUACCUCCAGUGAGGAACUUGGAACCUAUCAAGGAGGCUGGGAUUUUAGAAGGCCGUAAUGGUAUUAAAGAAACUUGUCUUCAGCAUGCUGCCAGGUAUCUUGCCAACCAGGAGUGGGUGAAAAAUGAUUCCCUGAAGACUGUGGAAAAUACAGCUAUACCUAUUAUUAUGCUUGUGGUGGAGGUCCCCAGUGAUCUGAUUAUUUCUGCCACUUCCAAUAUACAAUCACCAAAGGAGGAGCCAACUCGUAUGACUGGUGAUCACGAGAACAAUUAUCGAACUGAUGUGGUUGGUUCAGAAGACUCAAUUUCACCAAACUGCUCGCAAAGUAAUUGUGAUAGUACGAAGGAUGUGAAAUCAAUUCGUCUUGACAUCAGCUUCAAGUCUCCAUCACAUACAGGGUUCCAAACUACAGAGCUGGUCAAAGAACUUACCGAGCAAUUUCCAGCUGCAACACCACUUGCUUUGGUACUAAAACAGUUCUUGGCAGAUCGUAGUCUUGAUCAGUCCUACUCUGGUGGCUUAAGUUCCUAUUGUUUGGUGCUAUUAAUUACACGUUUUCUGCAGCAUGAGCAUCAUCUUGGCCGGCCUAUUAAUCAAAAUUGGGGAAGCCUUCUGAUGGAUUUUCUUUACUUUUUUGGGAAUGUUUUUGAUCCUCGCCAAAUGCGGAUCUCAGUUCAGGGAACUGGAGUCUAUAUAAACAGGGAACGAGGUUAUAGCAUUGAUCCAAUUCACAUUGAUGAUCCACUUUUUCCAACAAAUAAUGUGGGGAGAAACUGCUUUCGGAUACAUCAAUGUAUCAAGGCAUUUUCAGAAGCUUAUUCCAUUUUGGAGAACGAGUCAACAUCACUUCCUGAUGAUGGUGAUGCAUGCUCGAGGUCACCAUACAAACUGCUUUCUAAAAUUAUCCCAAGUAUUAAUUCAUUACAGGCAAAACAAUGAACUGGUUAUAAGUGAAGGAUAUUUCCAAAAUUUGGCAAUGCUGCUGUUCAAUUCACCAAGUUAAUCAUUGCUCGAUCAAUCGAAUGAUGUCACUUUAAUGCUUACAACCCAGAUUAAGACUUAGUAACAUGGAUAGAGUUUGUGAAAAUGAUCUAUGGUUGUCCUUGCAAGUUUAAGGUUUGGCUUGUCAAAAUGGAAGCUGCCUACAUCUUUCAGAAAGUAGUUCAUGCCUGCUUGAGUCCAUUUGUUGAGUCCGUGUGGUAAUAUAUAUCAAAUGUAUUUUCCCAUUGAUACACAUGAACUGACAUGAAUACACCAGUGACUUCCACUUUGAUUCAAGUCUCUUCUGAAUUUCAUGAGAGCUUCCUUGAUCUUCACGACAUUGCGUCAUGCUUCUGCAGUUAUUUUCAUGAGAAAUUGCCUCCCAGUAUCUGUCUUCUAUGUUGCAAGGAGUUUUCCUAUAUUGUACUUGCCUGGUUGAUUUGGUGGCGAUAUUGCUUUCUCUACCUUCUGGUUGAUUGAGAGGAUGAAUGAUAUGACAAAAAUGAAAAGGAAAAUCGGCAGCAGCCGAAGGCAAGGUGCAGCCAACUGCAGAAACAAGUCUGUUGAUGCGUCUCAUACUGUUGUUGCUCUGCGUGUACUUGUGAUGAAGGUAUUGUAUUUCAGAUAGCGAAUUACAAAUUGUAGCUUAAUGUUCUUCAUGUAUAGUUUGAAUCUUCAGUUACAGGUUCGGAUGAAUGACUUGAACAUGUGGGAAAUCAGAGAGGGACAGGAUUCUAUUACUGUGAAUAUUUUUCUGUAUUUGUGGAAGCAAGUCGGAUUGAAAUUAGUUCAUCAGGCAUUCACUUGACAGAUUCCGCAGACAGAGACCUGUAAUGAGAAGGAUUUCAAUGGUUCCUGCAUGAUGAGAAGGAAUAUUGAAAUUAGUUGUUGUGCUCAUAGGAUUAGGACAAAUAGUUGGAGGGAUUUUUCACAUUUGACUGGCCCUAUGACCUGAUUGAAAAACAUGUAUUAAAGCAAUGUUCGCCAUUACAUGAAGGAAAUAUGAUUUUUACCAUCCAAA